GGCGCAGUAGGGCCAGCUCCCCUCCGUACGCCAGAGAGAACAGCUCGCCAAGGGAAGCCCCACCCCACGGCUCGGACCGCCCGGCUUGGCGGCUGCUGCGCCUUCGCGCACGGGCAGCUACAGCUCUAAAGCCACCGCGGUAGCGCUCGCGGAGCGUUGUCCACUUCCCAGCGCGCUCCUGGCCUUGUAUCGCUAAACGCGGGCCUUCGCCCUAGACAGUACGGCGUGACUUGAGCUAACCAACGCGCUGCCAGCUAGCCACCUGCCUGCCACGCAGGUCUGUGCCAGUUAGUGUGGUCCCGUUGGUGCCCCCUGCCAGCGGUGCGCUCUGCUCCGCAUCCCUCGCUACGCCUAGGGCCAGGGCCUUCCAAACACAGCAGCAAUGCGGCCACUGUUAAAGACACUGAAGUACUCGUGAGUCAUUUUCUCUCGGCUCAAAACAAUGGUGAGUGCCCAAAAAAGAAACGACCCCUACCCCACGUCAAACCAUUCAUUGGUCUGAGAGUGGGCCUGCGGCUCACGAUUCUCGUCAGUGACCACCUGUAGAAGCAGCAUCGAGGGGUUACAAAAAGCACACCCAGCCUUCCUCACGCUAGAGGAGCUGCUCCAGUUGCAACUUUUUCUGAGCUGUGAGAAGGCUCCACUACACUCCCAGAAGCAUAGGUGCUGGAACUAAGGGUGCAGAGGUGUGUGCCUUGCAGCACCCGGAUGGAACUGACUAACAGGGGGUUCAGAAAUCAGUAGUUUGACACCACCCCUGAAAAAUGUUGCCCAGUCAAGAAGACAUGAUGGGCCAAUAGAAAAAGGAAUCCUUGUUACAGAAAAGUUUAAUGUCGGUAACAUGGGACAUCAGGUGAUAAUAUUUGACAUUUCUGCUGCAAGAGGAUUCUGGGAAACUCAAGUGAAGAAGUAUAAAGAAACUCAAAAAAAGGAAAAGGAAAGAUUAGCAAAAAGUUCAUUAGAGAAGAUAAAGCAAGAAUGGGACUUCGUCCUAGAGUGCAGAAAGAAAGGCGUUCCACAAUCUGCAUACCUAAAGAAUGGUUUCAUAGAUACCACUGUGAAGCUCGUGGAUAAAGUUGAAAAGAACUCUCAGCUCUCUAAGAAGAGUGCUUUGUCAAAUGUAGCAGACAAAGAAAGAAGAAAGUUUAUUUUUCAACUUUCUGGAGAGCACUGGACGGAAUUGCCAGAUUCAUUGAAAGAACAGACGCAUUUGAAAGAAUGGCAUAUACACAAAACACAGAUACAAAUCAUUCCAGCCUACAUUGCCUUGUUUCAAGAGCUGAAAGUCUUGGAGAUAUCAAAUAACCAGAUCACACAUCUUCCAGUUGAGAUUGGUUGUUUAAAACAACUGAAAGAACUCAAUGUGAGUUUUAAUAAUUUGAAGAGCAUCCCUCCAGAACUGGGAGACUGUGAGAAUCUGGAAAAACUGGAUUUGUCUGGAAAUGUAGAACUUACAGAGCUCCCAUUUGAACUAAGUAACUUGAAACAAGUCACAUUUGUAGAUGUGUCAGCAAACAAGUUUCCCACUAUUCCAAUUUGUAUACUCCGGAUGUCAAGUUUGCACUGGCUGGAUAUGAGCAACAACAAACUGAGAGAUCUCCCACAAGAUAUAGACAGACUAGAGGAACUGCAGACACUUCUCCUGCAGAAAAACAAGCUGACUUAUCUUCCACGAGCUUUGGUCAAUAUGCCAAAGCUCAGUUUGCUGGUGGUCAGUGGGGAUGAUCUGGUUGAGAUACCCACAGAUGUUUGUGAAUCAACCACAGGUUUAAAAUUUAUCAGUCUUAAGGAUAAUCCUCUUGAAACAAUCUUCUAUCAAGAUACUGAAGACAUCCUAGAAAGUGAUCGAGAUCGGGAGCAAUUUGAGAAAGAAUUUAUGAAAGCUUACAUUGCAGACAUAAGAGAAAGAGAAUCUGUACCUUGCUAUACUACAAAGGUAUCAUUUACUCUUCAGCUCUGAAGAUCAGAAAUCUCUAAGAUACUGUAGGACACCAGAAAAAAAAAUUGUAUGUCUAUGUGAAUGGAAAAUAUCACGGAGGGUCAAAAGCAGCUCAUAAAUAAUGAUCACGGAAUUUCUUAUUUGUUACCAUAUCUGCUUUCUACAGCUACAGACAAAUUUGCAAGGACUAAAUAGUUUUUAAUCAGAUAUCAUUUCACUUUUUAAAUGAACGUAUUUAUUUUCAAGUCAAUAGCAAAAGCACUAAUUUAUACACUGCUAAGGCCCUCAUCCUGCAAAUAUUUAUACAUGGGUUGUAUUUCACUACUGUGAAUAGGGCUACUGAAUGAAGUUAAGCAGAUAUGUGUUUGCAGGAUAGGGGCCUUAUGGAGUAUCAGGUAUAUAUUCUGUUGCGGUUCUAAAGAAACAUUUGUUUUGUACAAGCAGUGGAAGUGCUAAUGCUUUAGAAAAUGCAUGUGAUCUAUUAUAUUUUAAAGACCAAAUGACUAAGUCAGUUGUUUGCAAUAGUUCUUAACGGUAGGUUUAAAUGCAUUGUUUCUGAGUGAGAUGUUUACUUUCUGCUGUUCAGAAGGGUGCGUCUGUGGUUUUUCAAUUUAAAUAAAUUUCAGCAAGUAGACAGCAUGGAGUCUGAAAAUACUGUCACUUUGUUCAAAUAUAUUAUAAGCAUUUAAAUUAUCACAAAUAUUAGUACACUGGCAACUGGAAUUUUUGCAGUAAACAAUUUUCUAUUAACAGUUUGGCAAUGGCUUAAUAGGAUUUUAAAGAAAAAUAAUCUCUGGGAAGAAGUUUGAAUGAAUAAAACAUCACGAAAAUAUUUUGAAACCAAGCACUUUGUCUAAUAUUGAUUGCUCUUAAAUUACAGUAUUUUUGUUGGCAUAAUGCAAAUGCCUUAGCUGUUUAAGUAUGAUUUUGUUGGUUAUAAUAUUUUGUUUUGCUUGUUUGUAACCUGUUGUACUCAGUUCUGUAAGUGUACAAAUUGUAGAGUGUUUUGAUGAUUUAGUUUUGCAUAUGAAUAUUUUUCAUUUAUUAAAUCGACUUUUAAUCUAAAAAU